UAAAACACAUAUAUUCCACAAGAACAAAAAAUAUUAGGCAACUAAAAUAACUGAAAAUGCACCGAAGGUGGCGUCGGCACACAAAAGUGAUCACCUCAUCAUCAAAAUUUGCAGUGGGGCUGGAAAUGCAUUGUGAGAAGAAGAAGAAGAAGACGACGCCGGACAUAGAGAAAAUGGCUAGGGAAAAUGCGGUGGUUAUAUUCAGCCAGAGCACGUGCUGCCUCUGCCACGCCGUUAAGAGGCUCUUCUCCGGCAUGGGGGUUAGUCCCAUGGUCCACGAGCUUGACGAACAUCCCAAAGGCAAGCAGCUUUACAGGGCCUUGAUGCGUCUCGUCAUGACCACCACCGCCGCUGCUGCUACUGGAUCCGCCGCCGCCGCCGUGCCGGUGGUCUUCAUCGGCGGCAAUCUGGUUGGUGGGAUAGAUGCUGUUCUGGCUUCCCAUAUUAAUGGAACCCUUACUCCCCUUCUCAAACAGGCUGGUGCUAUUUGGCUUUGACGACCUUCGUUCUUCUCGUUUUAAUUAUUUAAUAUUUAAUAAUUAAUCAUAUAGUAAUUAUUAUGAUUAAAUUGCGGAAAAAGACCCAUAAUCUUCUUUCAUUCGGUGGUUUACUACUAGAUGAUCAUGAAUGACAUAUGUAGUCUUCUUAAAUAAUAGUCGUUUUUCAAUUUCUUUUA